UAAUUACUCGACCUCAAAAUCAUAAUUUACAUCAAACAUAUAAUUUUGUCAACGAAAGUUCAAAGUACAAUUGAUAACUUCUAAUAUUAAGAACAAGUAAGUGAGGGGAUUUUCGAUGACAUAUUUAAUAAUAUUUAUUUGCAUUUUUUUUUCAUAAAUUUACACUAACAUUAAAAGUUAAUAAACAAUUCUAAAAAUCGACCGGCUCUGCGUAUCGCAAAACCUCCUUCAAUCUGAACUCCCACUUCUAUCAGUUCUGAAGAAACGUUUCGAAAUUGUUAUUAUUUUUCGUUAUACGAUAGCAGUACCAGUUUCGAAGUCACACGAGAAAUAAAUCGAUCCGACAGUUUUUCUUGUAUAAUACAAAAUGUGGCAGUACAAAGUGGCCACAGGGGCCUGCGUUUUCGUGGCGAUUUUCAUUGCCGGGCAAACGGCUCAAUUGCACGGCCCCCAAACACACGGCUUCAACAACUCCAGAAGGGGCAUUUGCAGCUUAGAAGUACCUACAAUCGACCUAAUCCCGCCGGAAGAGCGCCAGCACUCCAUUCCACGCGGAAACGGCUCGAGAGUAGGAUACAGCAAAAUCGAAAUUUGCUGCAACGGCUACGAACGCGUCCCCCACAGUCACCUCGUAUGCCAUCCCGUUUGCGAUGAUUGCCACAAUGGUAACUGCACGGCGCCGGGCCGAUGCGAGUGCAAAAGGGGCUACGUGCACGACAGCUACCACAAGGACUGCAUCCCGACGUGCCCGCACGGCUGCCUGAACGGCGUGUGCACGGUAAUGGGAACGUGCUCGUGCAACGCCGGCAACACUCUCAGUCCGGACGGUCGCUAUUGCACGCCCCAUUGCACGGGGGGCUGCGGCGUCGGCGGCUCUUGCACCGGUCCGGAAGUGUGCUCCUGCCAACCGGGCUUUUCUUUGGACAAAAAGACCAACAAAUGCGGCUACCACUGCGAGGGCGGCUGCGGCGAAGGUACGUGCAUCGGCCCCAAUCAAUGCUCCUGCAAACCGGGCUACAGGCUCCAAGGGCACACUUGCGUCCCGGAUUGUCCCAAGGGAUGCGCUAACGGGGAAUGUGUCGGACCGAACAGGUGUUCCUGCAAACCUGGAUGGACAAUAGACGGCAGCGGGUCAAUUUGCACCCCUCAUUGCAGGCAAAUGUGCCUAAACGGCGAUUGCGUGGCGCCCGAUCAAUGCGCUUGUAAGAAAGGAUACGCCCCGGCGCCCGGCGCUCGCAACAGCGAAACCUGCGUGGCCCAUUGCCCCACCGGUUGCCCCAACGGCAACUGCGCGGCCCCUAACUUCUGCAUCUGCAACCCUGGCUUCAUCAAGGAGUCCAAAGGCAGCAACAAUUGCGUCCGUAGAGUGAGAAGGGCCGUGCGCUUGGACCUGAUCCCGGAAGCCGUCCUUCUGGGACAUUGAUUUUACAUUUUUUUUAACCUAACGAUUCAAUAAACGCAAGCUCGUUGUAACGCGGCUUUUAAUCGACUGAAAUAUAAUGAAGGAAUGUCGUAUGCACAUCGUCUUUAUUUACCGAAACCUAAGUGCAUUAAUUUCCUGAACGCAGCCGGACCGUUCCAGUGGCCGUUUAGCAUCAGUUUCCAGUAUAAAGCCGGUAGUAGGGUUCUCUUUAGAUGGUACAUGGACCGCAUUUCCUUCGCUUGGUUGAAAGGGAACGUUUCCAGCGGUUGAAAAUCGUAAUCGAACUCGGCUAGUAUACAUUUAUCUCCGGUAACCAAAGGACACGAUGCGUAACCGUCGUACACGAGACGCGGGGAAUCCCCUUUCAUCACUGCGUUCAUAUUUUCAAACACCACUUUAGUUUG